AUGUCUCUUCGUCGGAUGUUACUGAAGAAACCCGAGAUGAAGAACCACUACUUAGACUUCAUGAAGAAGAUCUUUACCAACGACAAUGCAGAGCUAGCUCCCCCACUCCAGCCAGACCAAGAAUGUUGGUACCUACCAAGCUUCGGUGUUUAUCACCCCCAAAAGCUGGGACAAAUAAGGAUCGUGUUCGACUCCAGCUCCAAACAUGACAACAUAUCUCUCAACGAUGUACUGCUCAGAGGUCCAGAUCUCAACAACAGCCUGCUGGGUGUCCUCAUCCGCUUUCGGCCUGAACCCAUAGCUGUUAUGGGUGAUAUACAGCAGAUGUUUCACAGCUUUCUGGUCAAGGAGGAGCACCGUGACUAUCUCCGCUUCCUUUGGUUCAAGGACCACAACCUCAAUGGAGAAGUACUUGACUUCCGCAUGAGGGUCCAUGUGUUCGGCAAUUGCCUGUCACCAGCUGUAGCAAUCUACGGACUCAAGAGAACGGCCGCUGAGGGAGAGAAGGAGUUCGGAGACGAUGCAAGAUGUUUCGUCGAACGACAUUUCUAUGUCGACGAUGGGCUAAAGUCGUUCCCUAAAGUAAGCGAAGCUGUUGAUGUGCUCAAGAGAACACAAGACAUGCUAUCCCAGUCCAACCUUCGGCUUCACAAAAUCGCAUCCAACAACGCAGACGUCAUGAAAGCCUUCCCUGGUGAAGACCUUGCCAAAGGGCUCCAGACCUUAGACCUCGGACAGGACCCCCCUCCGAUGCAGCGAAGCUUAGGCCUUCAGUGGGACUUAUCCGCAGACACGUUCACUUUCAAAGUGACAACCAGCAGCAAGCCAUUCACCAGACGCGGGGUAUUGUCCACCAUCAACAGCUUGUUCGAUCCCCUUGGAUUUGCUGCACCUGUAACUAUUCAAGGGCGCUUCAUCCUGCGGGAACUCAGCUGUUAUGCCUGUGACUGGGACACGCCCCUCCCCGAAGAGAACUACGUGGAAUGGAUGAGAUGGAGGGAUUCCCUUCAAGAUCUUCAGGAGCUCAAGAUCCCCAGGAUGUACACAACCCUUCCGUUGUCUCAAGCCAAGAAACGAGAGAUAUGCAUUUUCUGUGAUGCCUCAACCAAAGCAAUCGGCGCUGUUGCCUACCUGAGAGUCACUAAUGCAGCGGGCCAAUGCGAAGUAGGAUUCAUCCACGGCAAGGCAAGGCUUGCUCCAAAGCCUGAACCCACUAUCCCUCGUUUGGAACUCGGGGCAGCUGUCAUGGCUGUAGAAAUUGCAGAGGUAGUGCAAGACGAGUUAGAUAUGCACCCAGAUGCAGUCACUUUCUUCACUGAUAGCAAGGUAGUACUUGGCUACAUCUACAAUGAAACAAGAAGGUUUUACGUAUACAUCCACAACCGAGUGCAGCGCAUCAAACGUUCUACACGUGCGACACAGUGGAACUAUGUGCCGACAGACCUUAACCCUGCUGACCAUGCCACCAGGGCACUACCUGCGAGUGUCUUAUCUUCUUCAUCAUGGCUCAGUGGGCCUGCAUUCCUCUCCGAUGCUGGACAUGGGCAACUACAUGAGGAGACCUUCAAUCUGAUUGAUCCCCAAAGUGAUGCAGAAGUGAGUCCCCAGGUGACCAGCUGUGCCACGGCCGUGACUGAUGCAAACUUGGGUUGUGACCGCUUCAAGCGUUUCUCAACUUGGAAGUCCCUGCUCAAUGCCAUAUCGAGACUCUCACAUAUUGCCCUAUCCUUUCUUCAGGACGAAGGCAGCACCUGUCGUGGAUGGCAUCUUUGUAAGGAACAUCUACGGCCAGACCAGCAAAACCAAGCAAAGGCAACUAUCCUCCGUUUUCUUCAGAUGGAGACAUAUGCAGAUGAGGUCAGAUGCCUUGAGAAUGAUCAACCAGUGUCCAGGUCCAGCUCACUCAUCAAGCUCCACCCGUUUCUUGGCAAAGAUGGUCUUCUCCGUGUUGGAGGUCGGCUGGAGAAAGCCAAGCUUUCAUUUGACGAAACACACCCAAUAGUAAUCCAUGGGAAAUGCCAUGUCACUACCCUUCUCAUCAGACACUACCAUGACCAAGUACGCCAUCAGGGCAGACACUUCACCGAAGGUGCUGUGAGAGCAGCUGGUUACUGGGUUCUUGGUGGCAAGCGAGUUAUCAGCAACAUGAUCUAUCACUGUGUAACCUGUCGUAAACUAAGAGGCAAGCAACAAGAUCAGAUUAUGGCAGACUUGCCCGCAGACCGCCUAACCAUCGACCCACCUUUCACUUAUGUAGGCCUAGAUGUGUUCGGUCCCUGGUCCAUCACAGCACGGAAAACAAGAGGAGGUCAAGCUAACAACAAGCGAUGGGCCGUCAUCUUUACCUGCAUGGCUACGCGGGCUGUGCACAUCGAAGUAAUAGAGUCGAUGGACACCUCCAGCUUCGUGAAUGCUCUUAGACGCUUUCUGGCCUUGAGAGGACCUGCUAAGCUACUGAGGUCUGAUUGCGGCACUAAUUUCAUUGGUGCCUGCAACGAGCUUGGCAUUGACUCAGUAGGACGUCAGAAGGAUCCGGUCGAGCACUUCCUUGCCGGUAAGGGAUGUGUCUGGCAGUUCAAUCCUCCACAUGCCUCGCACAUGGGCGGCAGCUGGGAAAGGAUGAUUGGCAUCGCUCGUCGCAUUCUCGAUGCCAUGCUUCUCCAACUAGGACAAGGGAAGCUAACCCACGAGGUGCUGACAACCCUAAUGGCAGAGGUGACUGCAAUCAUCAAUGCAAGGCCCAUUGCACCCGUUUCUACAGAUCCCGACAACCCGUCCAUUCUCACCCCGGCGACACUCCUCACGCAGAAGGUUGGUACGCCCUCUGUCCCUCCUGGUAAUUUCGACGACAAGGAUCUUUUCAGAAGUCAGUGGCGUCGUGUUCAGAGAUUGGCUGACAUGUUCUGGAAAAGGUGGAAGCGGGACUACCUAAGCAACUUACAAGCACGACGAACGUGCAAAACAGAGAAACCAAACCUGCAAGAAGGAGAUGUUGUCAUCCUGAAAGACACCCAAGUGAAGAGGAAUUACUGGCCCACCGGGUUGAUCACCAAGACCUUUCCCAGCGAAGACGGCAAGGUCAGGAAGAUUGAGGUCAGGAUCAUCCGUAAUGGAGAACCGAGACUGUUCUUGCGACCUGUGACUGAGGUCGUUCGAUCUCCUGUUCAACAAGGACUUUACCAAGUAAACUGUUUGCACAUUGAACACCCACAUUGA